GACACUGUUUAUGACCUCAGUGAAAGAAGUUUCCAGGUGCUGAACACAUAAGCCAAUGCCCUGGACAGAGGUGUGAAUGGGAGGCAUACAAAGCUGCUUCUCGGGGCCUGCUCUCCCCUACUUCUCAGGGAGGCCAUCCUGUCCACUGUCCUGUGGCCUUAAACAGCCACAUCCUGUAUCUGAAGUAAGUGACCUAUGACUUGUCUCCUCAUUUGAAGAAAUUACCAAUUAGGUUCCACCUCUCUUGGGCAUCUAUCUGUUGACAGUGGGAUCUGGGCUAAAGAUACUGAAGUUAACAAGUUGACUGAAGCUGGAGUGGUCAUUAUGGGAUGGUGCAGGAUGGGGAGGAGAGAGAUGGGGCAACAAUGGGAUAGAGUGAUGAGAGCAACUUAAAGAUAUAUUAAUGUUGCGGGGGAUAAAUCAAGAGAGGAGGAAGCUGGACACACAGGGAGCUAGGACCACUGAAAAAUCAAGAAGAGGUGGAUGGAGGGAUCAUCUUCGAACCAAGACUGUAAGUCCCGUGUCACUGGCACUGACGCAUUUAGCCCUCGGCUUUCCCAGGACAGGUGGGUCUCCUCUCGGAGGCCUCUUCUUUCCUUCCCCCUCUGGAAAGAAAGGAGCCAUAGUGACUCCUGCCCUAUUUUCAUCAACCUUGCCUUUCUCAUCAGGCUGCUAGCAGCUUGGGUUGGAUGCCUCCCAGACUUGCUAAGUCACAUUCGGGGGCAUUGGCAGCUGUGUGUGAUCACUUGUGAUAGGGCUCUUUGAAGCUCUAACAGAGCUUCAAAGGUGGAGCUGAUUAUAUUCUGGCUGUGUCUUCACCUUAAGUGUUAAGGCAUAAAACAGCCCCUCAUAGCCUGACAGGCAUGUUUCUCAUUACUUCUUUGCAAACACUCUAUGCCACAGUUCCUCCAGACAGCUCACUGUAGAACGUCUCCCUGUUCCUUUUCAAUCUGCCCUACUAAAGAUCCCUGAGCAAUUUGCAGGGAAGGACUGAGUCUUCAUCUAAUUCCUAGCACAGUGCCGGGUAUAAAGCAGGCAUUCAAUAAUAGCAGUGGAAUACUAUCUUCCCUGAAUGCACGUGGUGCUUUUCCACCUGCAGACUUUUGUUGGUGUUACUCCUGCUCCCUAGAAGAUCCUCUUCCCGUUUCAGAGUCUUAACUAGAUUCCCCUAAUCCGAGUCUCUCUCUCUCCCUCCCCUCCAGCACCUGUCACUCUUCAUCUUCUUAGCCUGUUGUGCUCUGUCCUGAGUUGCCCGGCAUACUGUCCUCAGACUGCUGGUUCACUUGAUUCACUGCCCUUACCCCCAUACCCCUUUUAGAGCUUUACCCAUCUUUAUAUCCCAGUCUUAUACUCACUGUUUCUUUCUUUCUUUCCUUCUUUCUUGCUUUCUUUUUUUGAGACAGUUGAGACAGGGUCUCACUCUAUCACCCAGGCUGGAGUGCAAUAGCACAAUCAUGGCUCACUGCUGCAGCCUCCAACUCCUGGCCUCAACUCCUCAGCCUCCCUACUACAGGCAUGUGCCAACAUGCCCAGCUUUUUUAUUUUUUAUUUUUAGGGGAGACAAGGUCUCACUAUGUUUCCCAGACUGGUGUCCUAGGCUCAAGAAAUCCUCCUGUCUUGGCCUCCCAAAGUGCUGGGAUUACAGGCAUGAGACACAGUGCCCAGCCUACUCUCUGUUACCUAACAGCAAUUAGAAUAAUGUCUGCCAUAUAGUAGGUCUCAAUACACCUGUGGAAUCCAGGCAGGACAGGCUCCUCUUCUGUGUCCCGGAGUACUUCUUGCCAAAAUACUGAGGGGAGAGAUGGGACGGGAAUUAAAUAUUCAUUCCUACUGUCUCUCAAUUUGGAAACUGCCUCAGACCAUAGGACUCUCUAAGUUUAGUGAUACCUGGUGGCACCUCGAUGGCAGGGCUGAAGGCUGCAGCUCUGCUGGAGACACUCUCCCAGUUGAUCAGAAGGUGCUUACCACACUUUUGCCUGCCUUACUAGUCUUUGCCAACCCAAACCCCACUGACUGCCAAGGAGUCCACAAUGAACUUGUUACAGAAAAGGGGUCUCCAAAAGAGGCUUCUUGGGUCUGGUACAAGAAAGAAUUCAGGGUGAAAGCAAGUUUAUUAAGAAAGUAAAGGAAUAGAAGAAUGGCUAUUGCGGCCGGGCGUGGUAGCUCACACCUGUAAUCCCAGCACUUUGAGAGGCUGAGGCGGGCUGAUCAUGAGGUCAGGAGUUCACGACCAGCCUGAGCAACAUAGUGAAGCCCCAUCUCUGCCAAAAAUACAAAAAUUAACCUGGCAUGAUGGUGUAUGCCUGUAAUCCCAGCUACUCAGGAGACUGAGUUAGGAGAAUCGCUUGAACCUGGGAGGCGGAGGUUGCAGUGAGCUGAGAUUGCGCCACUGCACUCCAGCCUGGGAAAAAGAGAGAGACUCUGUCCCAAAAAAAGAAAAAAGAAAAAGGCUGGGCGUGGUGGUUCAUGCCUGUAGUCCCAGCACUUUGGUAGGCUGAGAUGAGCGGAUCACCUGAGGUCGGGAGUUCAAGACCAGCCUGACCAAAAUGGUGAAACUUCGUCUCUAUUAAAAAUCCAAAAAUAGGCUGGGCGUGGUGGCUCACACCUAUAAUCCCAGGACUUUGGGAGGCCGAGGAGGGUGGAUCAAGAGGUCAAGAGAUCAAGACCAUCCUGGUCAACAAGGUGAAACCCCGUCUCUACUAAAAAUACAAAAAUUAGCUGGGCAUGGUGGUGCGCGCCUGUAGUCCCAGCUACUCAGGAGGCUGAGGCAGGAGAAUUGCUUGAAUCCAGAAGGCGGAGGUUGCGGUGAGCCGAGAUUGUGCCAUUGCACUCCAGUCUGGGUAACAACAGCGAAACUCUGUCUCAAAAAAAAAAAAAAAAUCCAAAAAUAGUUGGGCGUGGUGGCUAGUACCUGUAGUCCCAGCUACUUAGGAGGCUGAGACAGGAGAACUGCUUGAACCCAGGAGGUGGAGGUUGCAGUGAGCCAAGAUUGUGCCACUGCACUCCAGCCUGGGCGACAGGGGGCGAGAUUACAUCUUAAAAAAAAAAAAAAAAGGGCUACUGCAAAGACAGAGCAGCCCCAAGGGCUGCUGGUUACCCACUUUAAUGGUUAUUUCUUGAUGAUAAGCUAAACAAGGGGUGGAUUAUUCUUGCCUCCCGUUUUGAGACCAAAUAGGGUAACUUCCUGAUGUUGCCAAGGCAUUUGUGAACUGUCACAGUGCUGGUGGGAGUGUAGCAGUGAGGUCACUGUCAUUGCCAUCUUGAUUUUGGUGGGUCUUGGUUGGCUUCUUUACUGCACUGUUUUCUCAGCAAGGUCUUUAUGACCUGUAUCUUGUGCUGACCUCCUGUCUCUUCCUGUGGCUUAGAAUGCCUAACCUUCUGGGAACACAGUAGGUUUCAGCCUCAUUUUACCCAGCUCCUAUUCAAAGUGGAGGUGCUCUGGUUCAUAUGCCUCUGACAGACUGGAGGUACAGGUGGAUCUCACAGAGCAGCCAGUAUAGUCUGGAUGGAGGAACAAAGGGAAUGACAUAGUUUCCUUGUACCAUUCAUGCUGAAGAGGUCUUAUAGAAUUAGGCCUCCAGAAAGAGGGGACCCACAAAGUCCCUCCUUUUCUCCCCAUUUCUCCAUCUGCCCUCAAUACCCCUUCCUGCCAAGCCCUUUUUCAUGCAAACAGCCCCCUCCAGAUACUUCUUUUUGCGGUUUACCCUGUUACUGAACUUGGUUGAUUUUUUUUUUGUCUGCUUAGUCCAUCAUUUCCUGAGAAAGGUGUCCUAACAUCUCCCACUAUGAUUGUGAAUUUAUUUCUCUUUUUACUUAUGUCAACUUUGUUGUGUAUUUUAAAGCUAUGUUCUUUAUUAGGUGCUGCAUAUCAUGUAUGAACAAGUAUAGAUAUAAUUUGAGGUUCUAGAUGAUAGUAAGAUUUAUUUUUGCUUCUAGAAGGCAGUUGGGGUGUGGGCAGACAUUCUUUAUUCAGUGGUUUUCAACCACAGGUGAUUUUCCCCACCAGGGGACAUUUGGCGAUGUCUGGAGACAGUUUGGUUGUCAGAAUUUGGGGAAGGGGAGGUGCUACUGGCACCCAGUGGUUAAAGGCCAGGAAUGCUAAACAUUGCGUAAGAUGGUUCACUGAUGUUAAUACCAGUGUCAACAGCACUGAGUUUGAGAAACCUUCCUUUAAUCCAAUUGUCAGAGGCGCUUGAACCAGAGAAACUCCAUCUUGAAUAGGGAGCGCCUAAAAUAAGGCUGAUACCUGCUGGGCUGCAUUCCCAAAAGGUUAGGGAUUCUAAGUCAGGGAACGAGAUAGGUCAGCACAAGACACAGGUCACAAAGACCUUGCUGAUAAAACAGGUUGCAGUCAAGAAGCUAGCUAAAACCCACCAACACCAAGAUAGCAGCAAGAGUGACCAUCCUCACUGCUACACUUCCUCUAGCACCAUGACAGUUUACAAAUGCCAUGGCAACGUCUGGAAGUGACCCUAUGUGGUCUAAAAAGGGGAGGCAUGAAUAACCCCUUGUUUAACAUACCGUCAGGAAAUAACCAUAGAAAUGGUCACCCAGCCGCCCUCGGGGCUGCUCUGUCUAUGGGGUAACGUUCUUUUGUUCCUUUACUUUCCCAGUGAACUUGCUUUCACUUGACUCUGUGGACUCACCCUCAAUUAUUUCCAAAGGGCCAAGGCCCUGUGGAAGUUGAAAGCUGGUGGCGGCUACUUGAGCUCUUCCUUCUUUAGCAUGAGACUGCUGGGAGCUUCUCUGCCUCGUGAAAUAGGCAAAUGCCUCAAAAUUCAAAGGUCUGCUAACCCUUCUCUCCAGGACCUUGACCCUCAAAUCCUCACCGCCUUGGUGGCUCACCUUCAAACACGUUUGUUUUGCCAGAUUUUCUAGCUGUUCUGGAUAGGAGGGCUGAUCGACCAGUCUGCCUUCAGGGGAAACAGCAAGAGAUUGCCUCUCAGUCUUUUCUGGAAGCUUUUAAAUGCAGCCUGUAGGCCUAUUGUGAUGCUGAUGGAGUCUCUGCUCAGCCCUGAUUUUGCCCAUUCUGCGUGGAGGGGGCAGCUCUAGUCUCCCAAGCCGGAAAGAGGAUGGGCACUCCCAUUUUCCGAUCAUCCUGCCACCAGGAAGAUCUAUGGGAUGAGAGAGGGAGUGGAUUUCUCCCUAGUUAUCUAAGAAACAAGAAAUGUCUCAGCCUUCGUUUUUCCUUUCUCAUACAAGGUGAAGUACUGCAGGCUCAUACAGGGAAGCACGUUUUUCCUGCUAACAUGAUUUUGAUCCUGCUCCUUAGGAAAGACUAAGCCUGGCAUUAAAUAAAGCGCUGGGAGCAUUUACCUUCCCCUGCCCCAAAGUCUGGCUUACAGUGCUGGAAAACCAACCGAGCGGUGACUGGGCUGGAUUACAAACGGAUGCGGUCAGCGCCCGUUAUUAGGAGAGAAUUCUAAUCAGAUUGUGGAUUCGAGUACUUCUGACUCAGAAAUCUCCCCGACUGUAGAAAACGGGGCUAUCCCGCUUAUAGUGUGAAUGGAGGCAUGGCUGCGUUCUCAUCCGCUGAGAUAAACGCCGCCCAGACCAGCACAGACAUCCUGUGCUCGCUGUUUUUACUUGGUUUUCAAAUGAGGCCUUUGUGUAUCACUGGUAUUGUAAGGAAUACGAAAUCAUGAAAGAAGUGAUUCUUUGGGUGAGUCAUUCUAUUAUAAAAUGGAGCCCACAGUCAGGAACCGCUCCCUGAGAGAACAGGACAGGAUUUCUCUGAGCGGGGAUGAAAGCAGAAGGCGCAGUCAUGACGCGCCCCCUACUGGUCAGUGCGGAGAAAUCCCCCACCUCAGGUUUCCAUGAGUGCGGAUGUCCUUGACUGAGAACCUCAGACCUCAGGCCGGACCUGGUGGCUCACACAUGUAGCCCCAGCACUUUGGAAAGCCGAGGCGGGUAGAUCACUUGAGGCCAGGAGUUUGAGACCAGCUGGCCUAAAAGGUGAAACCCCGUCUCUAGUAAAAUAACACAAAUUAGCUGGGCCUGGUGGUGAACACCUGUAAUCCCAGCUACUCAGGAGGCUGAGGCAGGAGAAUUGCUUGAACCUGGGAGGUGGAGAUGGCUGUGAGCGGAGAUUGCGCCAUUGCACUCCGAACUGAUCCGGUGCAGUGGCUCACGCCUGUAAUCAAUCCCAGCACCUUGGGAGGCUGAGGUGGGCAGCUCACUUGAGGUCAGGAGUUCGAGACCAGCCUGGGCAACAUGGCGAAACUCCUCUCUCUACCAAAUAAUACAAAAAUUAGCCGGGCGACGUGGUGCCCAGCUACUUGGGAGUCUCAGGCAGGGGAAUUGCUUGAACCAGGGAGGCUGACGGAGGUUGCAGUGAGCCUAAAUCAUGCCACUACACGCCAGCCUGGGUGACAGAGAGACCUUGUCUAAAAAAAAAAAAAAAAAAUUAGAAUCACAGAACUGAAGCAGAAUUCCAUGAAUCCAAUGGAAUUUCAUUAAAUUCCAUGAGUUGGAAUUCAAUUCCAUCAAUGAAAUUUCAUGACUCCAUUGGGAUUCAUAGAACUGCUAACACACAGUGAGAUACUGAGGAGGCUGAUAUGAGAGCCCCUGUCUCAGGACUCCAGGGCCUAAUUUAACAGCCAGAAUCUGCCAAGGUCAGAGUGGCCUUAACUUGUACUGCACUCAUAAAUCAAUCUCCCUGGAGAUUUCAAACCUUCAUAUUGCUUUGCUAAAUAAAGCUUAGCUCCUUUCAACCUAAGGAAGUCGAUUGAAAAAAAAAGGUGGGGGGGGGGGCAGGGGGACGGGCGCGGUGGCUCAUGCCUAUAAUUCUAGCACUUUGGCGGCCAAGGCAGGUGGAUCACAAGGUCAGGAGUUCAAGACCAGCCUGGCCAAGAUGGCAAAACCCCGUCUCCACUAAAAAUACAAAAAAUUAGCUGGGCAUGGUGGUGGGCGCCUAUAAUCCCAGCUACUUGGGAGGCUGAGGCAGAGAACUGCUUGAACCCAGGAGGCAGAGGUUGCAAUGAGUCGAGAUAGCAUCACUGUACUCCAGCCUGGGCAACAGAGUGAGACUCUGUCUCAAAGCAAAGAAACAAAAAACAGCCUUAGCUCUAAAGAAAGAUUUUGAGUUUCUGGCUGGGCGCAGUGGCUCACGCCCAUAAUCCUAGCACUCUGGGAGGCCGAGGCAGGUGGAUCACAAGGUCAGGAGUUCAAGACAAGCCUGGCCAAGACGGUGAAAACCUGGCCAAGCUGGUGAAACCCUGUCUCUACUAAAAAUACACAAAUGAGCCCGGUAUGGUGUCCGGUGGCUGUAAUCCCAGCUACUUGGGAGGCUGAGGCAGAGAACUGUUUGAACCCAGGAAGCAGAGGUUACAGUGAGCUGAGAUUGCGCCACUGCACUCCAGCCUAGGCAACAGAGCAAGACUCUGUCUCAAAAAAAAAAAAAAAAGAGAUUUUGAGUUUUACAUUCCCAUGGAUGGCGAAAGCAAACACAAAAACCACACAUUUGUGCAAAAUCAACCGUUUACAUUUUAUACUAAUCAAUAACAUUUUAUACUAUCAAUAAGCUAUUCUUGAGCCGAAUGCUUGUUUGUACCCACAUGCCUUCUGUCUCUCUUUCAUUCUAACCUGAAAUUUUAUCCUUAAAUCUCCUUGUGCAAUGAUUAUAAAAUGUAAUUUUAUUUUUAAACUAUAUAUUUUCUUUUGUUCAUUUCUUCCUUCUUUUUUUUUUGAGACAGUCUCACUUUGUUGCCCAGGCUGGAGUGCAGUGGCGUGAUCUGAGCUCACUGCAACCUCCGCUUCCUGGGUUAAGACUAUUCUCUUGCCUCGGUCCCCUCGAUUACAGGCAUGUGCCAUGAUGCCCGGCUAAUUUAUUUUUAUUUUUAGUAGAGACAGGGUUUUGCCAUGUUGACCAGGUUGGUCUGGAACUCCUGACCUGUCUUGGCUUACAGGUGUGAGCUGCCAUGCCCAGUCUCUUUUGUUAAUUUCUUUAAUUUUUAAAUUUCUAUUGACAUAUUAUAGUUGUGCUUAUCGUGAGAGUACUUAUGAUAUUCUGAUAUAUGUACACAAUGUGUGGGAUCAAAUCAGGGUAACCGAGAUAUCCAUUGCCUCUGUGUAUCUUCCGAUAUCUUGAUCAUUAGGGUGAAAUACAAGGAAAAAAUAAAAUAAAAUGGAGAAGUUACCAUGUUUUUAGUGUUUUUAAAUCUUAAGGGUUUGAAAUGUAUAUAUUUGAGAUAAUGAGCCUUUUUGUCUUUUUUUGUCUGAAAGAAAUUUGUGACCCAAUAAUUAGUCAAAAUUAUCUCCAAAAAAUGUUAAUGAAACGGGGAACCUUUUGGGAGACAUUUUUAAAUUGUGUCAGCUGCUUCUAUGCCAGAGAGUGGACAGAACUGGUUGAGAACAGUCACAUUCAGAGUCUUCGUGUGCACUCUUUCAGUUAUGAAAAUGUAGGGCAAGUAAGCACUCAUUUCCCUGAGUGGAAAGUGACAUAAACACUUUUUUUUUGAGACGGAGUCUCUCUCUGUUGCCCAGCCGGUUCUUACAGUUGCUCUUCAGACCCAAGCAGUCAAGAUGGUGAAGCAGAUUGAGAGUAAGGUUGCUUUUCAGGAAGCCUUGGAGGCUGCAAGUGAGAAACUUGUAGUAGUCAACUUCUCAGCCACGUGGUGUGGGCCUUGCAAACAGAUCAAGCCUUCCUCUCAUUCCCUCUCUGAAAAGAAUUCCCACAUGGUAUUCUUUGAAGUACACGUGGAUGACUGUCAGGAUCUGGCCUCAGAAUGUGAAGCCAAAUGCAUGCCAACCUUCCAGUUUUGUUUUUUUUUUGAGACGGAAUUUUCGCUCUUGUUACCCAGGCUGGAGUGCAAUGGCACAAUCUCGGCUCACCGCCACCUCCGCCUCCUGGGUUCAGGCAAUUCUCCUGCCUCAGCCUCCUGAGUAGCUGGGAUUACAGGCACGCGCCACCGUGCCCAGCUAAUUUUUUGUAUUUUUAGUAGAGACGGGGUUUCACUAUGUUGACCAGGAUGGUCUCGA